AUGGCUGCCGACUCCUCGUCGGAUGAGUCCGACCAUCAAGAUCAUCACUCUGACCAGGAGGAACACAGUUCUGACGCGAGCAACGACAACGAGUCCGGAUCCGACUCCGGCUCUGAUUCUGGAUCCAACUCCGAGGUCUCUUCAGACUCAGACGACUCCAGCGAUGAUGAGGUGUCUUCCUCAGAAAUUUUGACACGUAACAGCAGGGGUAUUCAGCUUCUGGCGUCGAUGCUCAACCUCGAAGCGAGUGAAUCCCACUCAAGCGAUGAUGAAGAUGACGACGACGACGAGCACGAUGAAAGUGACCUUGCUGAACACAUCUACGAAUACCCGAACUCUCGCCAAGCCAGACGCAACGAUCACCAAUCUUUCCCCAAGUUCGCCCUCUUGCCUUAUGAACUUCGCCAGCGCGUCUGGGAGAUGUUCUGCCCCGAUCUGACGGCAAAGUCACGCGUCUAUGAGUUCCGCAUCCUCCCUGCCCCAGGGAACCUGAACAAUAAUCCGGGCGAUGUCUGGGAGAGCCACAUACUUGACCAGCAAACCACUCCCACCCGUAUCAUGUCGGCUGUUCACCGAGAAAGCCGCGAGCAUGUGCUCAAGAAAUUUCCUGAUGUUCUCACCUUUCGAAAUGGCCAAUGUACGAUCCGCUGGAAUUGCAUGAACGACGUUGUAGUUCUAGGCGGCAGAGUCUCUCCCCCCUUCCAGCCAAUACCAGGCUUUUCGGAUCAAAUUCGGAACCUGGCGCUCGAUGUCGACCUUGCCCGCCACAUCGAUAUCCGUUGGUUCCCGGAGCGGCUUGAUUAUGAAGCAAUGUUGAAGAACUUCUGCCCUCGGUUGAACAGGGCGUUCUGCAUCAUUGAUGACUCCGAUUGUCCGGCGAGGUUUUUGCGCUGGUGUGCGAACAAAGAGGACCGCCAUUACUUUGUACGGACCGAAGAGGAGGAGCCAGGCGUCGGAGAGGAUGCUGAUUACAUGUAUUGCUGGCGAAACCCUUCCAAGACCUGCGAAUUCACCGUCGACAAUAGCAUUCCCGGUGUUCUGUGCGAACUGGUUUGGCGAUCGCUCCGAUACACCCAAAGUGGACUCGACGACAGAGAAAAUAUCUUCCAGCCACUCAUACGCUUCUCUUUCGAAACUGGCCUUCGGCGCUUUGAGAAGAUUGUCAAAGAACAAAACAAUAACACCGACUGGAGUUUCUCUGACUAUACUUCGGACGAAGAGCUUGGGGAUGAGGAGCCGGAUGAGUACGAGAGCUCAGGGAUCGAUGACUCGGAAAUCAGCGAGGAUGAGGUAGGGGGGUCAGAAAACGAAGAUGAUCUUGUUGUUGUGGCAGAUGGCAGCGAUCAAGAGGAGGAAGAUUCGAGCGAUGAAGAAGGGGGACCAAGCCGUGCAGGACGUGCAAAUCAGAGUCAUGAUGUCCCCAUCGAAAUCUCCGACGACUCCGACGACGAAUCUCACUCCGGGAAUAACGUCCAUCAAAAUGAUCGCCUUGGUCCAACCGACGCUGCUCGCUUCUCCAGCAUAGACCCGUCGGAUUCCUCAACAAUGGAUGAGGAGUCAUCCUCACCACGUCGAGCUGGACCCUCUCGCUCUGUCGGCUCUGCGCGUAUCAGCAACGAGAGUCGCCGCCGUGCCCGCGGUACUGUUGUGCUUUCGGAUGAUGAAGAUGAGGAUCAGGAGAUGGAGUACGAGUCGAUUGAAAAGCAAAGAGAAAGUCCUCAGAGCGCUUCAGGUGGUGAGAGUCCUGGAGACCCUGUGGUCAUCUCGGAUAGCGAUGAGGAAGAAGAAGAAGAGGUAUCGAGGCGGCGACUCAAGCGGAAAGCCAUACGUCGGCCCAGAGUUGUGCCAGACGAGGAUGAGGAGGAUGAAGAGGAAGAAGAAGAGGAAGAGAAGGUACCAAUGCCCCGGAAAAUCACAUCUCGUCGGGGACUGCGGCCCCCGGCUUCCGACACAGAUGAUGACGAGGACGAAGAAAGCGAAUCAUCCGCAAGCGAUAGUGACGACUCGUCUGAAGAAGAUGAUGAAGAUGACGCAGCCCCCACCAAGCCUUUGACUCUCGCGGAGAAGCUGGAACUGCAUGGUCGAAAUAAUCCUAUUCCUGACUCGGAUGAUGAUAACGACGACGGUGAUGACGGCAGUGUCAGCGGGGAUGAUUACGAUGCGCGGAACUAUGCUGAUUUUCAGGAUGACGAGGAAGGUAACGAGAUCUCGGGUGAAGACAAGGAGGACGAUGAAGAAGGCGAAGGUGGGCUCAUUAUGGAUAUGGCAGACGAAGAGGACGGGGAGGAUGAAGACGAUGAGUAUUAG